GAGCGCUCCGCUCCUCGGCCGUGGGGACAGAGCUGGGGACACGCACAGGGAUGGCCUCGGACAGGGACAGCGCCAAUCCCCACGGCAUGAAUCCUCACCUGCGGGUCAACGGGCCCAUGAACAUCAACCACUAUGCCACCAAGAAGAGCGUGGCAGAGAGCAUGCUGGACGUGGCACUCUUCAUGGCCAACGUCACCCAGCUCAAGGCUGUGCUGGAGCAGGGCACGUCCUUCCAGUACUACGCCACCCUCAUCGUGCUCAUCAGCAUCUCCCUCUUCUUCCAAGUGAUGAUUGGGGUUCUCCUGAUCAUCACGGCUCGUUUGAACCUGAAUGAUAUUGCAAAGCAACCCCGCCUGAACAUACUCAACAACGCUGCCACAGCUCUCAUCUUCAUCACAGUCAUCCUCAACAUCUUCAUCACAGCCUUCGGGGUGCAGAAGACUGGCCUCUACCCUAGCAGGAAUUUUGGACCUUAUUAAUUCAUGGGGCAAUGGACUCAGGAUCUGAGCAGUGCAGCUCUCCUCCACGUUUCCACUGACCUCAGCAGGAUCCAUGGAUGAAUCCAGGAAACUGGGUUAAACUUCAAAACUCUGUGUGUGUCAUAGCAUAUCAGCCCCCUGCUGUAAUGCUUUUGCAGUUCUGAGGAGCAGGAACAUUGCCUUUCCAAGCUAGAACAAACUUUGCAAGAGAAAACUGCAGCAACAGCAGCAGCAGGUAUACAUUUUGAAAGUGCAGUUCUGUAAAUCUCUUCUCUUAUUUUAGCUGCCUGCUUCACAUAUUCAAUAUUGGCUCAUCUGGUAGAGAAGACUGAAUGAUUUACUUUGUAGGCUAAAUAAAUAAGUCCAGCUCUUUUUUGUCUCAAAUGUAAGUUGGUGCCCUUAAAGCAAUUCUAUCUAAUAGUUUACCUCCCAAAUGUUGGAAUGGAUUUCUCUAAAAAAGUUUUCCUAGGAGAAUAGAAUGGUGUGUGUACAUGAAGAUAGCUAGAACCAGUUCAAAUCUUUUCCUAGUUGUUUAACAUCAAAUGUUACAUAGUUAAGAAAACAAUCAGAUAUUUCCAGCACUGGGAUGUUAACAAGGACAGAAAAUAGUUAUUGUGGUCUGAUGUCAUCAUCAGUCCCCUAUCAGGAAUGAUGUCAGAAUAUCCUGACAAUACUUAAUGGAAAAAAGAAGAUAAUAAUGAAGAUACAUUAUAAUGAAGAAACAUUAUACAUAAGGCCACAGCCUAAGCUUAUUGCUGCAAUGAAAAAUUACAGUUGAAUAGCUUAUUACCUUAUUUUAAAAAUCACCAUUAUGAUUUAUUCUUAUCACUAACAUAAUAUAAAUGUUUUAAAAUGUAUUUGGUUUAUAAUGACAGCUCGGGUAAUUCUCUUGUAUUAGAACCAUUUGUUUCCUUGAGAAAAAAAUCCUUUGAAUUAAUGAGUUUCAAGAUUUUGAUGAAAGAGUAAAAAUUUUCAAUCCUAAAUUUUUUAACUCUAUAGUCAUGUUAAAAAAUGGUAUUUUAAUAGCCUUAUGUAAGCCUAUUUAAAUAAUUACAUGCUCUUUUGAUUAUUAAAUGAUUUUUCCACU